AUGGGUCUGUCCAAGAAACUGACCAUCGCUUGCAUCCUCUCGCUCGCAACCUCAACCCUCCUCUUCACCUCCGCAACCCCAGCCCCCGGAGCGUUCGACUCGAUCGUCCACGACGCCGACAGGUUCGUUGACCAAACCAUCGGCCAGCUCGAGUUCAGCUGGGAUAAUGUCGAGGAGAAAGUCCACGAUGUCCUCGACGACCUCUCCCACAAGCUCCAGUCCAACGUUGAUAAGGCGACCGAGUGGGUUCACACCUUGACCCAUGAGUCUUUCCCUGGUGUGCAGAUGCGGUUGAAGGAACCUAAGCUCUGUGAUCCUUCUGUCAAGCAGUACUCGGGAUACUUGGAUGUGGGAGCAGAUAAGCACUUCUUCUUCUGGUUCUUUGAGUCGCGCAACAAGCCUAAGUCAGACCCCCUGACCCUCUGGUUGAACGGUGGCCCAGGAUGUUCGUCCCUUACCGGUCUCUUCAUGGAGCUCGGACCCUGCAGCGUCAAGGAGGACGGUUCGGACACCCAGUACAACCCCCACUCCUGGAACUCCAACUCAUCCGUUAUCUUCCUUGACCAGCCCACCAACGUCGGAUACUCCUAUGGUGAGUCUGUUUCCAACACCUUCACCGCCGCAAAGGACGUCUAUGCCCUCCUUCAGGUCUUCUUCAAGGAGUUCCCCAAGUACCAGCGCCUCGAUUUCCACAUUGCUGGAGAGUCUUAUGCCGGACACUACAUCCCCGCCAUCGGUAAGGAGAUCAACGACGGCAACAAGAAGAUGGCUACCCCUCUCCUCCGCGCCCCUGGUGUUCAGCACAUCAACUUGGCUUCGUUGAUGAUCGGAAACGGUCUGACGGACCCCAAGACCCAGUACGAGUACUACCCUGACAUGGCCUGCCGCAACUCGUACGGCCCCGUCCUCGACGAUGCCACCUGCGACAAAAUGACGGCUGCCUACCCCGCCUGUGCCGAUUUGAUCCAGGCCUGCUAUGACACCAACUCUGUCUUCCGCUGCUUGCCCGCCGCUGCCUACUGCAACAAGGAGAUGAUCCAGCCCUACCAGAUGUCUGGCCAGAACCCCUACGAUGUCCGUAAGAAGUGCGAGGGCGAAGGUGGACUCUGCUACCCUAUCCUGGAUGUCAUUCAGGAGUACUUGAACAAGGAGGAGGUCAAGGCCGAGCUCGGAGUCCAGGUCGAGAAGUACCAGUCGUGCAACAUGCAGAUCAACAUGCGCUUCAUGCUCCAGGGUGACUGGAUGAAGCCCUUCCACCACAUGGUUCCCCCACUGCUCGAGGACGGUAUCCGUGUGCUGUUGUACUCUGGUGACGCUGAUUUCAUUUGCAACUGGAUGGGUAACAAGGCUUGGGCUUUGUCGUUGCCCUGGUCGGGUCAGCCCAAGAUGCAGGAGAAGAAGGACAAGAAGUGGAUUGCUAACGGUCACCAUGCUGGUGAUGUUCGCUCCUCCGGACCAUUGACCUUCCUCCGUGCCUUUGGAGGUGGACACAUGCUCCCCUAUGACAAGCCUGAGGAGUCCUUGGCCAUGUUCAACACCUGGGUUGCCGGCAAGAAGCUGUAA